CCGUCGACAAUACGACAACGAUUGCGAAUCGUAUGGAAAAAAUAUUCAUUAGCAAUUGCAAAGCUUAAAAUAUCAAAAUGCCACACGGAGUGUUUGCAAAAAAGAGUGAAUUUUUGGAAAUUGGUGAAUACAAUUUUACCUGGCCUGGAGAAAACGGAACUUUUCAUGAUUUUGGAUCCGUAAAUUAUACAAUGCCUUCAGGACCUUGGUAUUGGCCUUGGUGUCCACUUUGGAGGACGACACAACAUCCACUCUUUCAGCUAUCUAACAUGCUUUUUGUGGCUUCGUACUGCGCUCCUAGCACGAAAAAAGGUCAAUUGUGGAUGCACACGAUUUUAAUAUUUGCUUUCAUGCUAUAUUCAAUAUGGGCAUGGCACGUAAUAUGUUCACCUGAUGCCUUCUCCUGGAACUUCGGCUUCGUGUUCCUGAAUCUCGCACAAGUGGUCUAUUUGGUUUACGAAAUGAGACCUGUUAAAUUUGACCCAGAAUUAGAAGAAGUCUAUCAUACACUCUUUGAGCCGUUCAAGGUGUCGAGACUACAGUUCAAACGCAUGGUAUCUCCAGACUUUGCUCACGUGAUGUCCUUACACGCAGGAGAAGCGUAUGCAAUGCAGAACUUAACUAAAACAGAUCGGUUGGGUUUGUUGCUCUCUGGAAAGGUAAACGUUAUGAGCGGCCAUCAGUUCCUACAUCCUAUACUUCCAUGUGAGUUCUUGGACUCUCCCGAGUUUGAAUCUAGCCGAGCUACGAUCGAUGAAAAGUUUAAGGUGUCGAUAGUGGCUGCGUCAUCAUGCCGCUACGUGUACUGGCAGCGCAGUUCUUUGGAAUACUUGUUCGUUAAGGAGCCGUACCUCGCGUGCGUAGUGACUACGUUGAUAGCACGCGACAUCACCACCAAGUUGUACGCUAUGAACAAUAAGAUCGUCACUGAGAGAGGGUCGCACCUUGAUAUCAGGCUGCCGAGCAUAUCGCACGCACUAGCGAGGAGCCCACGGAAACUUCGUGGAGCGAGCAAGUUACCACCACCUACCACUGUUCAACCAGUGCCGCCUGAAAAACGACCUAAUUGUUGGACUCGUGAAACGGAACCUUUAACUACAGCUGUUAAACGUAAUUGUAAUUCUACGUACAAUGGAGGUGACGAGGAAUUGAUGCCGUUAGCGGCGCACGAGGCCCCGGCUGCAUCAUCAGAUGAUUUGUCAGUAGCUGACAGCUGUCCCGACACGUCUUCCAAGUACCAUAGCUGUGAAGCUGUUGAAACUGAUGACGAACUACGACAUUAGUGAAUCAUUUGUAUUCAUAAUCAUAUUUGAAGUUAAAAAUAUUUAUCUAUUUGAUAGUUUUUAAAGGUCAAUAUCACGAAAUGUGAAAUACCUACCAACUGUUAAGAAAUGUAAGGGUACUUGUACAGAACGAUAUAUAACGUGGGUAAUGCUGGUUAGCCUUUUCCGCGUGUUAAAUAUAUUGGUUGUAAAAGACCUUAUGUGACUAUCAUAGAAUUAAAUGUUCUAGAUCGUGUAUUUUUCAAUUGUUAUAUUCAAAAUGCAAUUAUAAUGUGAAUGGAUUUAGGUUGAUGGUAGUCUAAAAUUUUUAGUCUAUCAAGGUAUUGUGUAUGGUGCGUAAGACCAAGACUGAUGGUGAAGUGAACCGUAUCUAAACGAUGGUCGAUUUUAUAUAUAGUAUUUUUUGCUAAAUACUCAAUGUUAUUUUAAAGAAGAUAAUGUGAUAAACCUAUAAUAUUUUACUAUUUUAACAUUUAUAUCGACUGUAAUAUAAUGGUCAUACAAUAUCGGUUAUUUAUCCUAAGUUAUUGUGUGUACUUGCCAUUACCAAUUGUAAAUUACCAAAUAUCGCAUUGUGGUCUAGUCUUUGAUGUAUCGUGAUAUUCGUACAUAAAUGUAUGUUAAAUAUUUAU